AUGGGUUCCGGAGAAAAGUCGGGGCAUCCGCUGAUUGACGAUUUCUUCUCAUACCUUAAACCACAGAAGUCUCCGCAAGAUGUGCUUGCGGAGAAAGAACGCCAAUGGAUAUAUGCCGAGGAGGAGCUCUUGAGAACCCCAUCGAUCUUGGACGGCAUGUCGCUUGAGGAAGAAAGGAUCGCUCGGUUCAAAGGGACGAAUUUCAUCACUCAAGUUGGCAUUAUGCUCAAGCUGUCUCAAAUCACAAUCUCGACGGCUUCCGCCCUCCUCAACCGGUACCUUAUGCGACGGUCUCUCGUCGCUAAGAGUGACUACAAGCCUCUACAUCACUAUCAAAUCGCUGGAAUCUGCCUCUUCAUCGCGACCAAGAUCGAAGAGCAAUGCCGCAACAUCAAGGAAGUUGUCAUCGCGUGUUGCCGUGUCGCCCUCAAGAACCCCAACAUGAUUGUCGAUGAACAAACCAAAGACUACUGGCGCUGGCGCGACACCAUCAACCUCAACGAGGACAAGAUUCUGGACAUGCUAUGCUUCGACGUCAACAUCGAAUCUCCCUACCGACUACUUUUCGAUAUGCUCAAGUACUAUAACGUCGCGCAUGAGAAGCAGCUUCGGAAUGCUGCCUGGAGUUUCCUCAACGACUCCAACUUAACCCAGGCAUCCUUGCUAUUCACGGCCCGGACGAUUGCUGCGGCUGCGCUCUAUUGCGGGGCCAAACAUUGCGGGGUCGAUUUUGCGGAUGAUGGCGGUGGCCGACCAUGGUGGGAAGUCCAACGAGUGAAGCUCAGGGAUGUGCGACGGGCGUGCAACUACAUGGCCGACGGUUACGAUGGAAAGGUCGCCGAGGCGGCGAAGCAAUUGGAUCCCCAAAGCAAAGAUCGAUGGUCGUUAUAUGGAGCGAUGCGGACCCCCGAAGACGGC